GAAAGAGAGGUCUGUGCGGCCAGGUCUGUAAAUGACAAAUCACGCAAAUGAUUUUUAAAAGUGACGUCAUUUGUCUUAAACGACGUGACGUUGCUGAUAGCCGCUCCUCCUAUUUCAACGAAUAUUAUUGGCGUUACGGAUAUAUUCAAUGAAAAUUCCACCCAUUGACAAAGACUACAUUGUUAAUAUAGAUCAUUGUUAUACGCCAUUCGACGCCGAGAGCUACACUUCUCUUUUAAAUCUUAAGAUUUGCUAUAUAUGUGAAUGCAAAAUUUUGCCAUCACAUUUCCUACAUUUUCUUCGCCAUUAAACGCACCAAUGACCAUAUAUAGACGCGGCCAAGUGAGAACGACGAGUCCUUCCGGGUCCCGCGGGGAAAAAAAAGGCAAACAAACAAGAACUCUACCAUGGCAACCGCCACAAACUUUGCUUUCGUGCUGCUUGUUGCGCUAUUAAACGUGUCUUUAGCAGACAAGUUAAAAUACAAAGCGGCCACCAAACCAGUGAGAUUAUUCACCGAGGAGGAACUCCGGCGGUACGACGGCAGUCGCGAAGGAGAGUCCAUUUACAUGGCGAUAAAAGGGGUGGUGUUUGACGUCACCGAAGGAAAAGAGUUUUACGGCAAAAACGGGCCCUAUAACGCUCUGGUGGGUAAGGACUCCACUCGAGCCGUGGCCAAAAUGUCGCUCAAGGAAGAAGACCUGACGUCGGAUAUUUCGGGCCUAACGGCGGAGGAGCUGCGGUCCCUGGAGAGCAUCUUCGAGGGCACGUACAAAUCCAAGUACCCCAUCGUGGGCUAUACGGCCGCACGCAUCCUCAACCAGGACGGGAGUCCCAACGAGGACUUCAAGCCCGAGGACCAGCCGCACUUUCACAUCAAAGAUGAGUUUUGACCUCAUCUGUUCUUUUUCUACUUGAAUUUAGCAUUGUUAGGUUGUUGCUUUGUGAGCCGUUACUCUCAUGUUAUGAAACAUGACGUUUAAAACAAAUGACUGACUGAUUUCUAUUGAAUAAACACACUUCUGAAUC